AUGUCCCUUCCUUCAAUACAACGAGUUCUUCUCCAAUCUGUUGCGGAAUCAGACCCUGAAGGCCGUUUUGUAGAUGUUGAUAACAUUCAAGCUUAUUAUAAGAUAGCAAUUCCACAGUACCAUAAAAAUUUACUUCAAAAUCAACAACAACUUCCUUAUGAACCUCAUAAACCCGUGAUUCUUUGCCUUCAUCAUAUUCUAGGAAAUCAAUAUACUUGGAGAUUUCAUAUGCAACCAUUGGCCGAAGCUACUGGUUGUCACGUUAUUUCCUAUGAUAGAGUGAGUUUUGGUUUCACAGAGAGACCUGUUCAAUGGGAAGAAGGCAAAAAUCCUUACACACAAAUGGCUUCUGUGGAUUUUGCUGUUCAAUUAUUAAUACAAUUAGGUUAUGGUGCGAAGAAGGUGGUAUUAAUCGGUGUUUCUGCCGGUGCUUCCAUAUCUUGUUAUAUUGCUAUUAAAUAUCCCCACUUAGUUCAUUCUUUAAUUUUGCUUGGUCCUGCAUUGAGACCUGAAGAUCAAGGCCCACCUUCAAUGUCGUGUCAUAUUUUAGGUACUGCACCAGGACGUUUAUUUCUUAAAGCCGCAUUGUAUCAAUACCUUCCUAUGCCAAAACUGUAUCAUGACAUCAAUGCUGUGCCUGAUUUUGAAACUAUGGUCAGACCAUGUUAUCGCGUUCCACUUACCUUGCCAAACUUUUAUGAGGCGAUCGCAUGGUUGUUUAAAUACUUCAUUCCAUUAGAAGUAUUACCAAAUAAGCACAUUUUCCUCCAAUUUCCUAUAUUAUACUUAGUUGGAGAUGACGAUAAAUUUACAAAUGAAAGUAUACAUAAAGAGAUUUUUGAAGAAAUGUUAGUCGACGCUCCUGAAAAUGCUAAACUGGAAUAUCACGUUCUUAAAUAUUGUGGUCAUUUGCCUCAAGAAGAAAAGCCUCAAGAAGUUUUAGAUGUACUGAUUGACUUUCUCAAAAGACUCAAUGUUUAG